GAAUAACGCGCAAUUGUUUAGCGUCAAUUAAAUUAUGGCAGCUUCAAUAGUUUUGGAACAAAUAAACAUUAAAUUUCUCCCAGCACGCGAAAUGUGAGUCAUAGUCUAAUCUGUUCCUGAUCUACUCUUUUAAUCACUUAGGAAUUUUAGUGAUACAGUUCACUGUUUAGGAUGGCAUUCGUAUGGUAUGUCAGCUGGUGGAGUUCAAACAAUAGUUAUUAAUUAGUCGUUAUGAUAAAAUAAUCAGUUGUGAUAGAAAUAAAAAGAUAACAUGUUUAUCGGUGAAUGUAAAUAUAUUAUGAUUGAUAAGUUACUUGCUUGAAUGCUACCUCAAACCGAAGGAAUUUUUAAUAAGAAAUGAAUCCCUACAUUAUUGAAUCCGAUUUACAAUACGAAGUCGUUGACAACGAUACUUGCUUGAAUAGAAAACAUAAUAGUUCUAUUAUCAUUACUAAUGUUUAUGAAGGAAUACCAGAAACACUUAUUGUUAAUCUAAUAUCAUGGGCUAGCUUAAUUUUACUGUUUGCAUUACUAAGAAAUCGAGCUUGGGACUACGGUCGCUUAGCAUUAGUGCAUAAUGAAAAGUGGACUCAGUUAUUUUAUAAAAGUACUGAUGAUGCCGUAAGUGUAGAUGAAGCAACCCAAGAAUCGUCGUUAAUGUCAGACUCCAGAUGUUGUUCUUGGUUUCCUUCAAUAUUUAAAAUUAAUAAACACCGUUUGAUAGAUCGUGCAGGGCCAGAUGCAGCACAUUAUUUAUCUUUUCAACAACAUUUGUUACUACUAAAAGUUAUCAUCACCAUUUUAUCUUUGUGUGUUAUUCUUCCUAUUAAUUUUCAAGGAAAUUUACAAGGGAGUGUUUAUACUUUUGGACAUACAACUCUUAGUAAUUUAGAGCCUACUUCAAACUGGCUUUGGAUGCAUGUAAUUUGUUCUUUUGCCUUGGUACCUUUGACAGUAUUAGUUAUGAGGCAAACAUCCAGUCGAAUUCCAACAACAACAAUACUAUCCAGUAGGACAGUAAUGGUUACUCAGAUUUCUAAAGGCCAUAGAAAUCCUGAAGAAGUUAGGAGCUACUUUUUAGUCCGGUUUCCAAAUAUAGGCAUAAAAGAUGUCCAAUUUGCUUAUAGAAUAAAAGAUUUAACCAAUUUAGAGCAUCAGAGGGAAGCAGCACGCCAAGCAAGAAUAUACUGUGAAAUGAAUAACAGAGAAAUUAUUAAGGUGCAACCAUAUGGUUGUUAUUUUUGUUGUCCAUGUAAAAGCAAGAAUGCUUUGGAAUAUUAUAUAGAAGAAGAAUCAAGGUUAAAUGCUUUAGUUUCACAAAAAAGGCAUCAGGCACUUCAUCAGCCUCUUGGCAUAGCAUUUGUAACUCUUGAAACAGCUGAAGAAGCUGAAGCUGUUCUUCAUACGUUUGUUCCUGGAACACGCUUUCAUUGGAAUAUUACAAAUGCACCAACUCCCUCAGACAUUAUUUGGGAAAAUCUUCAAGUUUCAGCCAGGAAUUGGUAUUCCAAAGCAAUUAUUAUUAAUGUUAUACUUUUUCUUGUUCUGUUCUUCUUAACAACACCUGCUUAUGUAGUUAAUCUUAUAACUACUAUAACUCAGCAAAGAGAUUUAAUGAAAAAGGUCAGUCCAGUGAUAUCUGAAUUUCUUCCUACUCUUCUAAUGUUAUUUAUGGCUGCUAUAAUGCCUGUAAUUGUUGCUUAUUCAGAUCAGUGGAUGUCCCAUUGGACAAAAUCCAAACAAAAUCUUGCUACCAUGCAAAAAACAUUUUUUUUCUUAUUAUUUAUGGUUUUAAUUCUACCAUCAUUAGGUUUAACUAGUGCACAAGCAUUGGUAGAAUGGUCAGUUUCAGAAAACCGUACUUAUCGUUGGGAAUGUGUUUUUUUGCCUGAUAAAGGUGCAUUUUUUGUAAAUUAUGUAAUUACAUCUUCAUUAAUUGGAACAGCGCUUGAGUUGUUACGUUUUCCAGAAUUAGCCAUGUAUGUAUGGCGUUUACUUCUUGCUAAGUCCCCCGCAGAAAAAAUUAGUAUCCAGAAAAAUAUACUAGCUGAAUUUCCGUACGGAAUUCACUACGCAUGGACGUUGCUUAUUUUUACUACUAGCACUGUUUAUAGCUUAACUUGCCCUCUUAUAACGCCUUUUGGUUUAUUGUAUUUAUGUUUAAAACAUUUUGUUGAUAAACAUAAUCUGUUCUAUGUAUAUCGACCCAGUGGCAUGUGUGGUGAAGGACAACAGAUUCAUAUCUUAGCGGUUAAAAACGUUCGUGUCGCUGUAUUGCUACUUCAAGCAAUUAUGGCGACUUUUGCAUUUAUUAGGGGUGGUUUAGGAGCCCUGUCAAUCGUUACAAUGUUAGGAUUUGUUUCAACAUGUAGUUUCUUCUUUUUGUUGGGUCCUUUUCCAUCUUGUCGUCCUGUUGCAACGGUAAUUAACAACAUGCCGGAAAUACAAGACAAUUACGUUGCGCCAGUUUUAAUCAGUUCUGAAAAAGCAUCAAAAGAAGAAACUAUUUCUUUUUCUCCUUGCUAUGGUUCUUCAAAUUCGAACGAAAUCGUUCCAGUGGCUGCUAUUAAUCCUACUCUAACAAAUGUUAUUUAAUUGCAUUUUUAUUGUUAUUCAUGUAUAACCCUCCCAUUUCAUUUAACAUUCGGCUGUGAAAGUAAGACAAAUUGAUAUAUUUAUAUUAACGAUUAUUAAUUGUAAUAACAUUGCAAUUUGUUACAAAGUUAUUUAAAUUUUUUAUUUUUAAACAAAUAUGAAUCCUGUUCAAUAAUUCUAUGUAAAUGGGAAAUGUUUUAGAUGGUAACAUUUAUUAGUUGUACUACACGAUUGUUUAUUUGUUUCAGAAUUGUCGUAAAACGUUAUUUACAACUUUUACAAAAUGCACUAUCAUGUCCAAAUUGUCAUUCUAAUUUUAAUAAAUCGUAGUAAGAUGUAUACAAUCACCACUUUAUUAGUGAGAUAUCUUUUCUUUUAGUACGUACAUGAAAAGUGUUUGAUUUGUAAAGUAAACAACUUAAUACUAAAAUUGAUGUACUUAUAAUUUUAUAGCUGAUCGUUAGUUAAAUCUCAAUUUGUUUAUUUUUUAAAAUAAAGUACAUUAGCGCUCCUAAAUAUUUCUUAUCUUUUAAUAUUUACAUAUUGGUGAUGAUACAGUAUGAGCCUUCAUUGUAAUUAUUUGUAUAUAUAUCAAGGUUGACCAGUUUUAAUGACAUCAAUUUUUGUCUGUAUUAGAGUUUAUAUGAGCAUAAAAACCAUAUAUUUUGCGAAAAAGUAUAAAAAAUAACCGUUAUAAUAAUGGACAUAGCUUAAUGAAUUUAUAUUUCUUAGCCUGUGCAAAUGAUUUCUAUCAUCUCAUUUUUUUUGUUAGUCUGUAUAUAGUAUUUGAAGUAAUAUUAAUGUAAUUUAAAUAUGCUUCUUGACAAUUACUUCAAACUUUCUGUAACAAAUGAUACGUUUUCUAUAGAUUACUUUUAACCCUAUGUUAUUUUAUUUAUAUAUGUUUAACAUAAAAUGCUUAUUAAUUUCAA